AUGUUUAGUCCACAUAAGAACUCGUAUCUACAGUUGGUCUGUGCGGUGAACCCUCGUGUAAUCAACAAGGCUGUCGAUCAAGCGAUGCAAGUGAAGCAGUUUGAUCCUCACACAGAAUUACCAGCAGCUCAACGGCUAGAGUCCAUGCAGCCUUCAUUGUACGCACCGCACGUAGACAUUUCUCGUGCACGUUUGGGUUUCGGUCGCAUAGGCUUGAGACAAAUUGUGAGAGAUCUCCAUUCGCCCGACCAACUUAUUCAGCUGCAAGCUCUGCAUAGCGUACUUGACCAGGUACAAAUAUCAGAAAAUGCGAUGCAUCUCAUCGACCUGCACGUCGUCUUCCGUCUCACCGACUUGAUGAUGGAACGCAACCCAAUCAUAAAAGAGAAAGUAUGCAUCAUUCUGUCUCAUUUAGCCAACUAUCACCAAGGCAGAAGACACAUUAUGUCCCGUCCCAAAAUAAUUAGUAACUUGAUGGAACUAAUAAUAACAGAGUGUAAAGAGAUUCGUUACGCCGCGGCUUACACGCUCAAAACACUCUCUCGACAUUUAUGUUGCUGCGAAGUCAUAAUAUCCGAGGAGCAAAUUGUAGAAAAUCUCUUAAUGAUAAUAAAGAACGACCAUUUUGGAAUAGUCCUGCUUAUUGUGCACACUUUGACAAAUUUAACCCAGUGGGACCCAGUACCUGCGUUGAAAGCAAACGCGUUUCAAGUUAUGCUGGCAUUAUUUGAUAACAAGGACCAUCGAAUACUUUCCGCUGCAAUGGAAUGCAUGUCACAGUUAUGCGGUCACGAUGUAGGUAGGGAGCUGGCCGACAUUCAUGACGUGACCUUCAUUUUAAAACGUUUCCUGAUGUCAGAGUCAAUCGAAGUCAAAAUAAGCGCAGUCGGACUUAUGCAAUACACUACGUUGACAACUCGAUCUAAAUGGAGGGCGAAGGAAAUCUGUCCCGAAUUAACGAAGUCCCUUGUUUGGUUAUGUCAAUACGCGAAAAGUCCUGUGUUGCAAUUGAGAUCGAUUCAAGUGCUGAUCAACUUGUGCGACUGUCCCGACAUAAGGCACCAUAUGAAAGCUCACUGGGAGAAGGAAGUAAAGAGUAUUGUAAUCUGUUCCGCGAGACAGUGGGACGGUUGUGAAACUAGUUAUAGUAACGAAAUUGGGUUCAAUUUGAAAACAAUGUGUGUGGAGGACGUUCGCACUGUUAAAAGUGAUUUUGGAGAAACUGCCAAUGUCGUUAAUUUGUACAGUUAUUUAAAAAGAGUCUGUGACGCAAAGGAUCAGCUGAUCCGCGCCAUAAAUUGGAAGCCAUACGAUUAG